AUACCAGCUGUUGGUUCUUACAUACUUCAUACAAUUAUCAUGUCCGACUCUGCACCACAGAUAGAUAACUCACUCACACGUAAGGCAAAAGAUAUCGCUGCAGGAUUUGUGGGAGGUGCUACCCAAGUGCUUAUCGGGCAACCAGCAGAUCUUGUCAAGAUCCGACUCCAAACCACCAGCAACACCUCCUCACUCUCCAUCAUCAAGAACGUUAUCAAAAAUGAAGGAAUAUUUGCAUUCUACAAGGGAACACUCCCACCGUUGUUUGGUGUUGGUGUUUGUGUAUCACUUCAAUUCUACGGGUUUCAUGAAACCAAACGUCAAUUGUUACAAUAUUCAGGCCAAGAUAAAUUGAAUCUCUGGCCUCAGACUUAUAUUGCUGGUGCCAUGGCUGGGGUGGUUAAUACCCCUGUGGCUUCUCCGAUUGAGCAAUUACGUAUUCUCUCGCAAGCAUCAGAGAAGAAACUUUCACUUACAGAGACCGUCAAGAAGAUAUAUGCAGAACAUGGCGUUUGGAAUGGGCUCUAUAGAGGAACUGGAAUCACCCUUAUCCGUGAGAUUCAAGCUUAUGGUGUAUGGUUCUUGACUUAUGAAACCUUGAUUUCCCAAAUCAUCGAUUUGCAACAUUACAAAUCAAGAGAUCAGAUCCUGACUCCGGAAUUGUUAGCCAGUGGUGCUCUCGCCGGGAAUGCAUUGUGGCUUUCUUCAUACCCUAUAGAUGUGAUCAAGUCUAAUGUUCAAAGUGACAAGUUUGGAAAAGAGAGUAAGUUCUCGGGAAGCGCGAUUAAGGCAGCUAGAUAUAUUUAUCUUAAUCAUGGAUUAUUGGGAUUUUGGAGGGGUAUUGUUCCUUGUUUACUUAGAGCAGUUCCAUGUAGUGCUGGAACUUUCGCUAGUGUAGAGUUGGCUUUACGUCUAAUGGGAUAGAUAGGGUAUGCAAUAGAUAAACAUACAAUUUAGGGAGAAUCAUUCUUUCGAAUAAAACUGUUGUUUCGAUGCAAUUUGGGUGUUGUAGGUGGGGUCAGAGUGAUUUCUUCAUAUCUCACUGUGAUUGAUCCCACCUCUGAAUCACUACGUUUCAAAACAGUAGGUUCAGCUUUUCUGUUGAGCCCCAAAACUCUCUUCACAACCAAUAAAAGAACAGUACAUACUGCUAAUACUGUUGCUGCAAUUAUAAAUACCAAACCAGGAGUUUGAAUAAGUACGGAAUAUUUGUAUAUCGUCAAAUAGCACACGGGCAUAACCAACCCAAACAAAUUCUUGAGUAAUGCCAUGGCACCAAACAAUUCUCCGAUCUUAGAUUCUGGGUAAAAUUUAACAAUCAGAGAAUUCAACGCUGGACUAAUCAAUGAUCCAAAUCCACAAAACACGGUAAACGCAAAGAAACUAAUAGUGGUACUGGAAAUAGAAUAUCCAAAGAAUCCAAUAACUUCACAGAUUAACCCCAAUAACGUCAUUGAGAAAUCGACCAUAUCAAAUUGCUUUUUGAAAACCUUGAAUCCGAAGCCAUGUUGAAAGAUCCGAUGAUUGAUCACAGGUGAAAGUAGGAUAAGUACAAUGGCACGACUGGAACAACCAAUGGCUAACAAGUGACCAAUAUCAGUUUGAUCCCAACUAUACCUGUAAAUCCCAUAUAAAACAUAGAUCUCAGCAAAUGAAAUGGCAAGAGAUCCCAACAUGCAAUCUAUAAACACAAGUGAGAGAACGGCAAUUCUGUCCUUCUUGAUUCGAUGUCUGUUCUGUGCAGGCACCAUAUCAGUCGGGAGGAGCAAUAACUUAAGUGGCUUGAGAAAGUUUAUGCUGUCGAGGAAUCUGCUAGUCCAAUGAACAGUCUCAUGUUGCAGCAUAAUCAGUGAAGCACUGCUCAGAAUGGACAUUGUUCGAGAUUUCCGUCUUGCUUUUUCAGAUCUUGACUCCGGAAGAACAAAUAUAGCAACAAUUAAUACUAUGAAUAGUAUUGUAACUUCAAAUUUUAAUGGAAGGAAAUCGGACUUGGAAAUAAGGACAACGGUGCUAGUUGGAGAAAUCUUGGGCGACAAAGAAAUUAUGAGGUUCCCUACUAAUGGACCAAUACUCAACCCAAGAAACAACGAUGCUAUACUAAUCCCCAAGGAGUAAAUACGCUGGUGUGGCUCAACCACAUCGGAAAUAUAACAAUUGGCCAAUGUUAUCAAGGCAAGUAUACCUCCACACAAAUUCGUCAAGAUCUCGCAUGCAAUCAUUAAUUUAAAUUUCAAACUAGUGAAAUGAGACAUUAGCAAGAAUUUGCAAGUUCUGCCUAGAAAGAAACAAAGAAGCAUCAACACAACAAACAACUUUCUUCCAAAUUGAUCCGACAAUGGAGCCACUUUCCCCAGAGCAAUUAAGGUGAUGAUGGAGGACG